AUGGCUCCCAAUAAACGGCUACAGAAAACAAUGCUAAAAUUAGAAUGUGAGUGGGGCUCUUGUCAGGAAUCGUUCAAUCAAAUGGAAAGGUUCUGCAAGCAUGUGGAGGUUCACUUGGAUGCCAUGAAGAUGGUAGACGAGGAUGAAGAAGAACCAGAGGGGGAGAGAAACUGUCUUUGGAGAGACUGUGGGUUCUGCUCUGUAGAAGGUCCUGGAGAGUUCCGUCGACAUGUCUUCUUUCACUGUUACCAUAACAAACUGAAACAAUUGGGCCAGAAGGUGCUUAAUGGGCAGGCAGAAAUAGGCACGUGCUCCAUCGGCUUCCAGAACCACAACAUCAUCCCUGAAAUCCCAGACAACUUCGUCUGCCAGUGGGAAGAGUGCGAGCAACCACCGUAUGAAAAUCCAGAGUGGUUCUACAGACAUGUGGAGCUUCACAGUUUAUCUAUAGACAUACCAGCAGGAGACUGUGAAUCCCCAGUACGCUGUGGAUGGAAGGAUUGCAAAGCCACUGCUAAAGGCCGUUCUAAAUUACGGGAGCAUCUACGCAGCCACACCCAGGAAAAGGUAGUGGCAUGUCCAGGUUGUGGAGCGAUGUACGCCAAUAACACAAAGUUCUUUGAUCACAUCCUUCGACAGAGUUCCAUGGAAGGCCAACGAUUCCAGUGUUCCCACUGUUCCAAAUGCUUUGCGACAGAGAGACUGCUCAGAGACCACAUGAGGAACCACGUGAGCCACUACAAGUGCCCAUUGUGUGACAUGACUUGUCCAUCACCUUCAGCACUUCGCAACCAUAUUAAGUUUCGCCACAGUAAUGAGAAGCCAUAUAGCUGUGAAUACUGUGAAUACAGCUGUAAGAAUCUGGUGGAUCUGCGUAAACAUCUGGAAAGCCACAGAAUUGAGCCUGGUUACCAUUGUGACAUUUCUGGUUGUGAUUUCACUUCACGCACAGUGAGCACCAUGAAAAUUCACCGCAAAAGGGAGCAUGAGGGGAAUUUUUUAGCUCGCUACAAGUGCCAUGUAUGUGAUCAGUGCUUCACUAGAGGGAAUAACCUCACAGUCCAUUUGCACAAGAAACAUCAAUUCAAAUGGCCAUCUGGACACCCAAGGUUCAGAUACAAGGAGCACGAUGACGGCUUCUUGCGGCUGCAACUGAUUCGUUACGAGAGCGUGGAGCUGACCGAGCAGCUCAUGCGAGAGGGGCAAAGACACGUCGAGGUGGCAGAAGAGUCUCCCGCGGCCACUCCUUCAGAGAUGCAAGUUGAGUUGAGAGGGCUUCUGCUGGAGGAGCAGAGGUCAGAGGCGCCUCCCGUCAGCCGUGAGGGCAUUCAGGAAGCAAGCAUGUUGUAUGCUCUCACUGGAGAUGACGACGCUGUCAUGUUGCAGUAUCAAAAUACACCUGAAGAAAAAGACUCGCAGACAAUCUGA